GCGCGUCGCUUUUCGAUUUUAGUUUUCCAGCGAGAGACCACCUGAACGAUCGGUAGCGCGGUAGGUGGUCUGCAUGUCACGGCAGGAGGCUGCGGAAGGCCCCGGGACUUACGGGCGCGAGAUCGGCUAACAUCCGGAAUAGCACUCGAGGACACUUCCGCGAUGGUCGCGAGUCGUGAUGGUGGAGAAAUCGUUCGUGUGACAAUUUGGCGACGAGCAGAAUGUCCGAGUUGUCAGUGCGAGUGAGAGAAAAACUGAGGAGCAAAAAGGAAACUUGAGAAGAGAGACUUCAGAGGAAACCUUAAAUUAGCAUUACAGCGCUGUGUUCUUUUUUUUUUUUUUACAGAAGUACUGAGUGGAUAAUUGUAACACACGACGUCUGGGCAAUCCGCGAGUAUUGAGACAUUAAUUGUUAUUAACAAUUACAAUUAGGGAACUUUCUUUAGGAUAUUUAAGGCUUAGGUGAAUUAUCUUAGUGACAAUAUCCCUAUAAGAAUUGCAGGUGAUAAUCCGGAGAGACGUUGUAAUGAAUAAACGUAAGGACAAUUGAAGUGUCGGUGUAACUGCAAAAUGUAAUUCUAGAAACUGCGGCAUGGCGUCCUAAAGAUAUUUCACAAAUAAGGAGAAACUGUGUGAGAUGGAAAGAACAACCAAAUGCAAUCGUAAUGUUUUAAGUCAGAUGUCUUCAACGAGAAAAGUCGUUCGCGAUAAUGGAAUUUAAUUCGAAGCGUGUGCCAUUAUUUUUAUCUUGUAAAUUAAUUUAAUUACAUAACAGAAAAGAAGUUGUGUAGCUACAAUAUUUCCCGAUGAAGACUCUUUGAAAAUCUUGCAACGGGAAAAUCAAGGAAACCGUUAAAUUCUACGAAGCAAAUAGCAGUACGAAAGAUUUAAAGAAUCAAUAUAACUGUAAUUAGUUCCAAUUUCUAUAACAGAUUUUCUGCAGCUGUAGAAAAGUGAAUUAAAAAUCUGCGGAAAAUAUAAAAGGACCUUAUAAUUACGAAAAAGUGGAAAAAGAUGAAGACAUAUAAUGAAAAGCUAUAAAAUGGCACAUAAAAAUUGACAAUAGAAAGCCAUUGAAACGAGCAGAUAUUAGAUAAUCGAGAGAAUUAUUAUAAAAUUGUAUAUUUAAUCUACGAGGAAGCUACGACUAACUUCACUUCGCGAACGAGAAGAAAUCAUUCUCCCAUGUAUCGCGAUUAUAAGAGAUCAUCGGCGAGAAAUCUCUUUGUCGUAAGUGGCAUCGUCGAAUCGAACGGCGAGCGUUAACAAGUGUUUGUACAAAUCUCGACACGUGUCCCGGCCCAGGACACGUGCCGCCUGCGUUCAGAAACAUUAUCCUGCACGCGCCGGCCAGGCACGUGCCGAUCGUAUCUCGUCGAUCCUCGAGACGUGCUCGAGGGCGCAUAGGUGCGAUCAGAAAUUCCGCCGUACGAUGCGACCGUCUACGGGGAGGAGGAUUCGGGACCGGGCUGCCAGGAUCGUCCGGCGAUAAUUGGAUGAUUAUCUCUCGAGGCGUGAGAUUUCAAGGAGCGAGCAACUAAAUGGCGUGAGGGACACACGGGCAGUCCCGCCGUUCUAGUCACACGAUCUAGUCGUACGUUUCGUUAAAUUUAGUGAUUAGAUUAAUUAAGGGAAGGUGUUGCAAUUAAUGCUCGAUCUCUGAAACAAGAGAUCGCUUUGAUCGUCGAAUCCGAGUGACUAAUUGCGUCGGCGCGUUAACGCGACGGUGGCCGUCACCAUGUAUUCGAUGGACAAUCUCGAGCGGGACAUGAUGAACCGGCAGUACAUCUACGAGGCGCACAGCUUCCUGGGGAACCCGGCGAUCCCGGCGUUGCCGCCGCAUUGCGGGGUACCGACCACGGCGACGCUCCCGGCGGUGAUCCCGUCGCAGAUCCCGUCGUCCCAUCAUCCGUCCGGCAGCACCGGCAGCACCAGCGGCAGCGAGCACUACCUUUAUGACGAGAACAGCAGCGACAACGAGAGCAUCUACAGCAGCGAUCAGGAGAAUCACGCGAGAGAACGAAGUCGGAGUAAUCGACGCGGCGGGCCAUCGGGAAAAUGUCCGAGGCAGGUGCAAGUACAGCAGCGGCAAGCGGCGAACAUGAGGGAGCGAAGGCGUAUGCAGAACAUAAACGACGCCUUCGAGGGCCUGAGGGCCCACAUACCGACCUUGCCGUACGAGAAGAGGCUGUCGAAGGUCGACACGCUCAAGCUGGCGAUCGGUUACAUAAACUUCCUCAACGAGCUCGUCAGGGCAGAUAAGGGUAACGACCCCUUGACGGGAAAUAGCGGUCUCUCGAGGUGUUCCAGCCGGGACGAAUCCAAGAAGAUCAUAGUCCGUGGCAGCGGUGGGAAUCCGUUCAUCUCGCACUCGUUGUCGUGGUCGAGAAAAUCGGAUAUCUCGCCGAACGGCAUGAUGUACGCGAAAGUCUGGACGCCGGAAGAUCCGCGAAUGUCGAAAACCGGGACAACGUUCGAGUAGACGGUAAAUUUGUACGAGGAAGGAGAGGAUCGGACAGUCGCGAAAACAUUUCUCACCUAGAAUGUUAUUUAGUGUAUAAGGGAAAGCGUUUCUAGUCACUGGUUAUGCGAUUUGUACCUUACGAUCAUCGAUUCUGUCUCCGAUUUUUUGGGCGACGGGAGGGGGGGGGGAGGAAAUGGUCACCGAUUAUAUUUAUACAUUUCUCAUGACUUCGUCGGAAAGGCGUUAAAGUAUUAAAUCGAAGUAGCCAUUGCAAGAUACAUCUUACAAAAAUUUGAGUUAUGGCAAUUUUUUAUUUAAAAAAUAAUAUGCGAGUUUAAAAAAAAUUGAAACAUUUGUCUUUAGUAUUUAUUAUUUUUCUAAUCAGCAUUGCAUAUUAUGAUCUACUUUUGAGUACUUUGAAAGAAUUUUGACAGGUUAUGAAAAAAUUUGUUUAAAGAAUAUUUUUUAAUUGUUUUUUUUUUUUAUUACCAGGAAGAUUAAUUAAUGUUUAUUUCUUUUGUGACUUGGUUGAAAGAACGUUAAAAUAACCAUUGCAAAGUAUGUGUUUAAAAAAUUUAAAAAGUGAGUUUUUGUUUAUUAUCUUUUUUUUUUUUAAACAGAAUUGCAACUGUAGUCUGAGUACCUUCGGUAGAAUUUUGAGAGACUGUAAAAUAUUUGCUUUUUUAAGAAAAUAAAUAUUUUUAAAUUUGUUUUUGGGGAGAUCGGUUUGUUUUGCAAUGGUCGAUUCAGUUUUCUCUCGUUGUUUUACGUGACGCGGAUCUGCGUAUGUACGUAUGAAACAUUUUUACCGGAUGUAUGUUUUGCGCACGGAACAUACAUUGUAAAUAGAAAUUAUUGAAAUAGGUGAGUUAUAAAAUAGAAUAAGCACCGUUUAUAAAUAAUUUAACGUAAGACAAAUGAUGCAUAGCGAGCGUCAUUAUUGCCACUGUGAAUAACAAAGCCAAAUAAACGUAGUUCCGAGAACUUCA